AUGGGAUUUUCCGAUGAAUUAUGGGAUGGCUUCACGCCGGUGGCGACCAAGGGCAGAGAGGGCAAGAACUUCGUCACCGAGGUCUACAACUUCAUGAAGAAACGGCGGGAGAUCGAGCUGGAGUACGCCAAGAAGCUCAACGCCCUCGUCAAAUCCGUCAAAGUCGGCGACGCGGGCACGCUCGAUAGCGCAUGGUGCGUGGUCAAGACUGAAACGGACUCCAUUGCCAACGCUCACUCGACGUUCGCUGAGCGUUUGGGAACCGAAGUGGAGACGACACAGAAGAACUGGCUCACCGAAACGGCCAAGACCCGCAAAGAGCUCAAGGCCAACGGAAAGAAGCUGGUGAGCCAGCUGCAGGCCGCGCAGUCUACGGUGGAGAAAGCCAAGGCCAAGUACGAGGGCUCCCGCAAGAAGCAGGACGCCGUGCAGGCCGAGGCCAACGCCGACCCCAACCCCAAGAACCAGAAGAAGCUGCAGGCCGAGGUGAAGAACGCUGAGAAGGCCGAUGACGAGUACAAGAAGUCAGUCGAGAAGCUCAAGAACAUGGAGUCCCGCUUCUACGACUCGGAGAUGCCUCAGAUUCUCGCGGAGCUGCAAUCGAUGGAGGAGGCGCGAGUGGCGAUGAUGAAGACCAGCUUCAACUCGUUCGUGAUGGCGCAGGCCACCGUGCACCCCGCCAUCAAGAGCUCCUGCGAGGCCAUGAGCUCGGCGGCUGCCAGCAUCAAUGUCGACAGUGAUGUCCGUGGAUUUAUCUCGAGCAACAAGACCGGCAAGACGCCACCCCCGCGCACCGAGUACGAGGCCUACGAUUCGGCCCUGGGCGCCUGCAAGCCCGCCCCCGGGUCCUCCCAGUCAUUCUCGUCGUUCCCCACUUCCUCUCCCGCCAGCUCCGGCUCGUUCGCCGCGCCCAUGACCAGAUCAGCGCCGCCAUCCUCAUCGACGCCGACCUACUCCGCCCCCUCCAACCACAGCUCACCCCUGGCUGCGUCGGCGCCGAUGAGCGGCGGUGACGAGGCCACGAUCAUGGUGAAGGCCCAGUACGCCUACACCACCUCCGAACCCAACGAGCUCUCCUUCACCGAAGGCGCCCUCAUCAAGGUGACGUACCAGGACGACAGCGGCUGGUGGGAGGGCGAGCUCAACGGUCGCGUCGGCGUCUUCCCCUCCAAUCACGUAACGGUCAUCUCGGGCGGAGGCGGCUCGCUGUCGACGCCGGCGCCCAUGUCGCCGGGCGCGUCGGACAGCUACGACUCCACCGGCGGCGGCGAACAAAAGUUUGACCAGUGCAAGGCGCUGUACGCCUACAAGGCCGAGGACGAGGACGAGCUGACCAUCUCCGAGGGCGACAUCCUCACCAUCGAAGACGAGGACGACGAGGGCUGGUACUACGGCAGGAACGCGCAGGGCGCCUAUGGCAAGUUCCCGUCGAACUACGUCGAACUGCUCCAGUAUUGA